CGGAGGGCAGGACAAAGGGCCACGCCUCACCCUCAGUGAGGUGGUAACGGAUGCGGAGGCCGUGCAAGCCUGUCGGGCUUUCCUCCGGGACCAUCGGCUCUUGGUGGAGCCGGCGUGCGGUGCGGCGUUGGCCCUCGUGUACUCUCCCCGGCUGCGGAAACGUUUGAAAGCCUGGUCGGCGGCCAAGGGGGGAAGGCCGGUGGUGAUCGUGGUGUGUGGGGGGAGUGGGAUCACCCCCGAAAUAUUGGUAGAAAUGGAGAGAGG